GUCACAACUGUCACACUGUCACAGGGAUCAUUAGCAGUCUUUACUGUGUCCUUACUCGUGCUCUUCAUUUCGCCAUGGCUAGUUGGCAAAUGCGCAGUUGGCUAUCAAGCACUAUUAGACGCGUCGCGUCUUGUUCGGUGUCAACGCAGGCAUCGCUCCCGAAAAACACUUGCGCCGCAUUUUCCCUUAUCCGUUCCCAGCCUUCGCAGUACAUCGUCGCUUCUCUUGCAGGGCGUAAAUACCUCCUCGCGCCCAGGGACUUGCUUACAGUUCCACAUCUCAAAGACGUGUGUGUCGGCGACGUUUUGGCGUUGCAAGACAUACAUGAAGUUGGCUCUCGGGAUUACACUGUUCGUGGAGACCCCGUAAUAUCCCCAAGCCGCGUCAGGGUUGAGGCCACUGUUAUGGAACAUACCAAGGGAAAGAUGGAGGUGGUGUUUAAGAAGAAGCGUAGAAAGGGUUACCAGAAGACGAUCAAGAACAAGCACCCAUACACUCGUUUGCGCAUAGGUUCCAUAGAGUUCCCUGAGCCUUCAACUUCAUAGCAUUAGCACCCUCAUGUAGACAAGCACUAUAUUAUCUU